UCUCUCCAUAUAAAAUGUAUGUGACAAACCAACAAAGAUGAAAACCAUAAACCCUGGAGAUUGCUUCACUGAGUCUGAAGCCAGUUUUUUCGACAUAAACCAAUACCAAAAAUCAUGCACAAUUAAGAUUUCAUCGCUCCGUCUACUCAUCUCAGAUCAAAAAAUUUCAAUGGCAUCCAUAAAUUAUUAUUCAUUUGCGUCAUUCCUUUUAAUUAUACUCACCUGCAAUUUUUCUCUAGCGAUUGCUGAUUCUAUUCAAGGAUGUGGCGGAUUUGUCGAGGCAAGUUCCUCGCUGAUAAAAUCAAGGAAGUCAACUUCAACGAAAUUGGAUUAUUCUCAUAUUACGGUCGAGCUUCGGACUUUGGAUGGUUUAGUUAAGGACAGCACCCAAUGUGCUCCAAAUGGUUACUACUUCAUUCCAGUUUAUGACAAGGGUUCGUUUGUGAUUAAGAUCAAGGGACCUGAGGGAUGGUCAUGGGACCCAGAACAAGUUCCUGUCGUUAUUGGUCACACUGGUUGCAAUGCAAAUGAAGAUAUAAAUUUUCGGUUUACUGGGUUCACCAUAGCUGGAAGAGUUGUGGGAGCAGUUGGUGGAGAUAGCUGUUCUCAUAAAAAUGGAGGUCCAGCUAAUGUAAAUGUCGAGCUAUUGUCUCCAAGUGGAGAUGUUGUGUCUUCAGCUUUAACAACAUCAACAGGGAGUUACUCAUUCACAAACAUCAUUCCAGGAAAAUACAAAAUACACGCUUCUCAUAGUGAUUUGAAGAUUGAGAUUAAGGGUUCUACUGAGGUGGAAUUAGGGUUUGAAAAUGGUGUGGUUCAAGAUAUUUUCUUUGUUUCUGGCUAUGAUAUUCACGGAUUUGUGGUUGCUCAGGGCAAUCCCAUAUUGGGAGUUCAUAUUUACUUGUACUCAGAAGAUGUCUUAGAGGUGAAUUGCCCCCAUGACUCUGGUAAUGCACCUGGACUAGGAAAAGCACUUUGUCAUGCUGUCUCUGAUGCUGAUGGGAUGUUCACGUUUAAAUCAAUACCUUGUGGGAUCUACAAACUUGUACCUUUCUACAAGGGCGAUAACACGGUUUUUGACGUUUCACCUCCUUCCAUGAUGGUGUCUCUCUCGCACAAUCACUCUAUAGUCCCUCAGAAGUUUCAGGUUACUGGAUUCUCUGUUGGGGGUCGUGUAGUCGAUGGAAAUGGUGAUGGAGUGGAUGCUGCAAAAAUUAUAGUAGAUGGUCAGGAAAGGUCAAUAACCGAUAAAGAAGGAUAUUACAAACUUGAUCAGGUUACGUCUAAAAGAUACAGGAUUGAAGCUAAGAAGGAGCAUUAUAAGCUUGAAAUUCUGAAUGACUUUUUGGUUUUGCCGAACAUGGCUUCAAUUUCUGAUAUAAAAGCAGUUUCAUAUGACAUAUGCGGCAUGGUGCAGACAAUUAGAAAUGACUACAGGGCUAAGGUGGCAUUGACUCAUGGACCAGAGAAUGUCAAGCCCCAAGUGAAACAGACUGACAAAAUUGGGAAAUUUUGCUUUGAGGUUCCACCGGGCGAAUAUCGCUUAUCUGCUUUUCCAGCAACACCUGAUACUGCUCCAGAACUUAUGUUCUCUCCACCUCACAUUGAUGUCUCAGUCAACAGCCCUUUACUAGGCGUCAAAUUUUAUCAGGCACAAGUAGAUGUCCGUGGCUCAGUAGUCUGCAAGGAAACAUGUGGUUCUUCUGUUUCAGUUAUACUUCUAAGAAAGGAUGGUAUAAGUAAAGAAGAGAUGACAGUUAGUUUGACUGAUCAGAGUAGUGAAUUUUCAUUUUCCAAUGUCCUUCCAGGGAAAUACCGCAUUGAGGUCAAAAGCUAUUCCCCUGUAACCAUGUCAGGAGAUGAUAUAUGGUGCUGGGAACAUAGUUCUGUAGAUGUGGAUGUGGGUGCUGACAAUAUUGAAGGGAUUACUUUUGUUCAUAAAGGCUAUUGGGUCAGUGUGACUUCCAGCCAUGGCGUGGAUGCUUACCUGAAUCGGCCUGAUGGUUCUCAUGUGAAUUUGAAAAUUAAGAAAGGUGCACAGCGCAUUUGUCUGGAGUCUCCUGGUGUGCAUGAACUCCACUUUGUAAACUCGUGUAUUUCCUUUGGAAGCUCCUUGUUGAGAAUUGAUACAUCUAAUCCAUCGCCCAUUUAUUUGAAAGGAGAGAAAUAUCUCCUCAGCGGACGUAUUAAUGUUGAUACUAAUUCAUUGGGUGGUGAUGAGAAUUUACCUGAGAAUAUACCCGUGGAUAUGUUAGACAAUGAAGGAAUUGUUCUUGAUAGUGCCACUGCCAGACUUGUCUCCAGUGGAAUUGAUCAAUCAACUGCUGUUAUCUAUGAAUACUCAGUGUGGGCUAAUUCUGGUGAAAAACUCAUCUUUGUCCCUCGAGACAUGCGGUAUGUUUGUUGCAGUUUUGUCACUUGUUCUCAAUGUCUAAUCUGUUUUGUAUUAUUAAUAAAGGUUGUGUUUAAGUUAACAAGAUAUGUUAGUGCUGGUGAAAUCAAGGACAUCACAGCAUGUGCCUCUACUGUUCAUUAUAGGAACAAUUCAGUAACUGGUGUUGGUGGAAUGUUUACGUUUGGUAACUUGUUUCCAGGGAGUUUCUAUCUUCGACCCUUAUUGAAGGAAUAUGCUUUCUCUCCUCCUGCACAGGCAAUUGAACUUGGCUCUGGGGAAUCCAGGGAAAUCGUCUUUCAUGCCACUCGUGUUGCUUAUAGUGCCAUUGGCAGAGUAACUCUCUUGUCUGGUCAGUCUGUAGAAGGUAUCACUGUGGAAGCUAGGGCUGACUCAAAAGGAUUUUAUGAGGAGUCUGGAACAGAUUCAUCAGGCAGUUAUCGCCUAAGGGGACUCCAACCUGAUACUACCUAUGUAAUAAAAGUAGCAAGGAAGGGUGAACUUGAUAGAGCACGUAUUGAACGUGCAUCUCCGGAGUCUGUUACUGUAAAGGUCGGGCACGAGGACAUAAAAGGAUUAGAUUUCGUGGUCUUUGAACAGCCAGAAACGACUAUUUUAAGUGGCCACGUUGAGGGGAAAAAGAUCAAGGAGCUGAAUUCACAUAUCCGGGUGGAAAUCAGGUUGGCUAGUGAUCCAUCGAAGAUCGAGUCCAUCUUUCCCUUGCCAUUAUCAAACUUCUUUCAGGUGAAGGACUUGUCGAAGAGUAAGCACCUUCUGCAGCUCAAAUCUGCUUUACCGUCCAGUGCUCAUAAAUUUGAAUCUGAAGUUAUUGAGAUUGACUUAGAGAGACACCCUCAAGUUCACGUUGGUCUAUUAAGCUAUAGAAUUGAAGAGGACAUCCAUAAACAGGAAUUGACUCCGGCUCCUGUGUAUCCCUUAGUUGUUGGAGUUUCAGUGAUCACCCUCUUUGUUUGUAUGCCAAGAUUGAAGGAUUUAUACCAAGCCGCAAUGGCAUCUGUUUCAGCGUCAUCCACGACUGCAAAGAAAGACGUUAGAAAGCUGGUCGUGAGAAAAAAGACGUACUGAAGAGUUGUUUUCAUGACUUCUAUAGCAUAGAGGUCAGUUAAUGGUAACUAAAUUAUCAUUGACAUCUUCACCCUCAUGUCUGAAAACUCAUAAGCUUCAGCUGGAUGAUUUUUAACACUUCUGUUAAGCCCAUUUCUAUUUGCACGUUGAAUGCUUUUUUUGGCUAACCUUGGAGCUGUAAAAUUGUCUUUUUUCUGUUACAUCAAUAGACAAAUGGUUUGUGACUUUGAAUUAUAUGAUAGUUGGAGAGCUGAAUCUUGUUGAAUGUAAUUAUAGACAUGUUUUUAGAGGACAAUGUACUCCGUUUUAAUGCCUGUUAGGCAUGUUAGGUACAAACAGUGAAUAGUACAAAUAAUUUUUUGCAUUCCACCCCCUUACUUA